AAGUCAAGUUUCCGGCUAACUUAGUACAAGUAGUCGUCUCGAAGAAGCGCUGAUAGUAAAUUCCUAUGAUAUACCGGGUGUAAUUAAAUUCCUCUUGCAUUUUAGGCUUUGUGCUGUUGUGAAACUGUUGACGAAUUGUACCCAUUUGGGUGCGAAAAUUAUUCAACUUUGAUUAUUGCUGUCGUGAGCACUUGCUCAAAUUUGGAAUGGAAAGCGUGACUUGGCCUUGGGUAUAUCAUAAUGAUUAUAAAUUUUUAAUUGGCAACUCUAUUUUGGUCAGAAUCUGAAUUUUUUGGCCGGCAACUGGGCAACAACACGUAUCCUGUGUUUGUCAGGAACAGUCUCUAUUGGUUGCAAGGAGUGACUUUUCUACACAGAUCAGUUCAUAUUGUUUUAUGAAAAUGGUUGAGAAAGUACCCAAAUUGGUACAAGCUAUCAAGACCUUAAAAUUGCCAGCAGUCGUAGCCUUUGGAAAUCCUUUACUAGACAUUAUAGUCAUUUUGGAGAAUGAUGAAUUACUGAAGAAAUACAAUCUCAAAGUGGAUGGUGAAUUGGAAUUGCCUGAGAAGAAGAUGCAACAGCUCAUUGCUGAUCUGCCAGCAGAGUUAAUGAGUGUAUUUGAUGGAGGAGGUUUAGUCUCAGCACUGCUACCCUUGGAAUGCCUGCUGAACAGACGAUAAGUGCUGGUGGUUCGGCACAGAACACUCUAAGAAUAUUGCAGUGGCUUUGUGGUGGUCCCUCUUCAUCUCCAGUAGGAAUAUACUAUGGUGGAAUUGGUAAAGAUGCCAGAGGAAAUAUGCUGGAGAGCCUUGUGAGAGCAGCUGGUGUCGAUACAAGAUACGCAGUACAUCCCACCUUGCCUACAGGAGUGUGUGUGUCAUUGAUAACUGGUUCCUCACGAAGUCUAGCCGCGAAUAUUGGAGCAGCUGGUGUAUAUACUUUGGAUGAUGUGAUCCGAUGUAAAUUUCCCCGUGAUGCCAUUAAAAUAGUAUAUAUCGAGGGUUUCUUCGUGACUCAUAGUUUAGACGUCGCCAAGCAGCUAGUGGAAUUAACCCGCGACACGAAGAUUAUUUCUGCAUUCAAUCUGAACGGCGUGUACAUAUUUCAGGAUCAUCACGAUGCAAUUUUCGAAAUGGUCGGCUUAGCUAAAAUAGUAUUUGGAAAUGCAAGAGAAAUGAUAGCUCUCGCUCAGGCGUUAGAUCUUAAAUUCGAUGACGUGACAGACAUACCCUUCCUAUUAAAUAACUUGAAAAGGGUAACCGUUGGAGUUUCCAGUUUAUCAAACAAAGAUUGGUUGUCGGAUGAAGGUGUAUUCAUUAUGACUCAGGGUGGUUCGUCCCCAGCUAUAGCUGUGUGGGGUCAGGGACAAUCCGUCCAAGUACAACCUAUAACGCCUAAAAAUCCUGUGGUGGACACUACUGGAGCUGGAGAUGCUCUGGUAGCAGGAUUCUUAGCUGGUGUCCUGGCUGGCUGGGAUCCAAAGAACUGUUUGGAGUAUGGUUGUAAAGUAGCCAGUUUUAUGGUAACGAGGCUGGGCGUUACGUUAUCAAAUCUCGUUCCACCGGAUCUCCUACAGUAAUUUAGUUGAUCAUAGAAAUCCUGUUAAUCGUUACCUGAUGUAAUUCUCUGACAGACCUUAAUAAUUUUAUUUUUUUUUCUUCGAAGACAUAUUUACUGCAGCCGGAGAGUUAUUGUGAUAAUGCAACCAGUGUGAGCUCGAAUCUUAUUCGACACCUAGUACAAAUUAGUCAUUUCAUUUAGCUGUUGAUCGCGAGACGUAUAUAAUGUUACUAUUAGUGCAAAUUUUAGCAGCUAGAUUAUUUAGUUUGCGUUGAAGGAUCAUUGUUAAAAUCCUUCACUGUCCAAUCUUAAUGCGAAUGACCAAUAGAGAUGUAUAUGGAUGUUAAGUGUAGAGAAGCAUACACUAUUUUCCAUUAAUAAAAGUCACAUCUGGAAU